UGCACUCUGCUUUUCACGAAAAUCACCAUAGUCGCCAUGGUUCUGCUCACCAUGACCCCGCCUAUCGUGCGGGCGCUACGAAGAAUCGAAGAGGUUGUUCCGCUGGAUUUCGCCAAAUUACAGCUGCCUUCGGAGCCUACCCUCGCACAUCCGCAACCCGGUCAUCCCAUAUCGCACAGCCAGCUCAUCGAUCUCUCCAAAUUACUCAAGAAACAUGCUUUCGAAGUAAAUACUGCAGAAGCUGGGAAAGGCGCAAAUGCAGCCGUGCGGCAAGAUUCAGUCGAGCCUCUGAGUCAAGCGCAAGUUGAAGAGACAUCACAGAAAGAAGACGGAGAAUCCCAAACGAAGGACAUACCAACCACACUUGACGCUCUACUGCGUGGCUCUUCCGUGUACCAAGCUCCUCCAUCGCCUAAGAAAGAACAAUCUCCCGAAUACAAAGCUCUAAUGGCGCGUCUUCGUGCCGAAGAGGAAGCCCGCGAAUACGAACGUAUGCUAAAUCCUUUUACACGCUCGUAUAGCCAUCUCCCCAAGUCGCAGACUUUUUCUCAAAGGUUCCCCAACGCGCCAUACUCUCCGCCCAACUUCUCCGUCGGCACACAAUCUACCAGCGAAGAUGACGAGCUAUCCUACGCCGAUGUCCACCGUCAAGUUAUUCUGAUUAUCAACGUAUUGGUCUCUGUGGUUGCGUGUGCUAUCUUUAUAUGGAUGGCAUCAUGGCACUGGAGUGCGCCUAAGAGACUGGGCCUCAGUAUGGGGGGCAGUGGUGCUGUUGCUAUCGCAGAAGUGGUUGUGUAUAAUGGUUAUGUCCGCAAAGUGGCUGAAGCCAAACGGCUUGAGAAGAAGAAGCCUGAAAUUAAGGAGAUCGUGCAAAGCUGGGUAAUUGAAAGAAGUGAUGGAACGUCCAAAGAAGUGCCAACUUAUAACAAGACCGAUGAUGGUGUAAGGUACAGAAAAGGGAAGCAUCGCUGA